AUGGAACAUCAAUUAUUUAUCCACUGUGAAUCAUACCUCAUUAUCAUAUGCCGCCGGUGCAAGCACGCUGUGUGGCCAACAGAGAUUGAACGGCAUCUGAAAGGCAAGGCCCAUCAGCUAAAGCAUGCGGUGGUUCAGCAGAUAAAGGAGAACAUUGAACAGUGGGACAAUGUGGCUCGAGAUACUACACAGUUAACACUGCCCACAAUACUGAAUGAACCAAUCCCGGAACUACCCAUUCAAGAUGGCUACAGGUGCCAGCAGGAUCCCCAGUGCCAGUAUUUGGCAGGGAACAUGAACACCAUACGCAAGCACUGGCAGAACAAGCACAGCUGGUCGCCAUAUCCCAGCCGUGGCCGUACAGCGCCACAAAAGCGUACGGCAGCACAGGAUGAGGUGGACAGAUCAUGCCAGAAGGUGCAGUUCCAGCAGGUAUUUGCAUCGCGCAAGGGCUCCCACUACAUACAGAUCCAGACUAAGGAGACUACUGAGCACACCGGCACGCCAGACCAGAACAGAGCCAGCCAUGUCAUUGAUGAGCUGGAGCGGUUUUACCGGGAACAGCAACGGCAGACCAGCAAUGUCAUCCAGGCCGGGGAGCACGAUGAAGCCAACCCAUGGCUGCGGCGGACCAGAUGGCCGGUGUACUUGACCAACAUCGCACCCAAUGAUCUGGUCAACUGCGUGCAGCGGCCCGACGAUGACACCACGUGCCCAGAUGAACUGGCCGCGAGGGCCAUCUGGGAGGCCAUGGGUCAGGUUGCCCGUACCAGCCAGCGAGUCAUCACACGGCUGGGCCACUUCGUCCGCAUCGAGGCCAUCCGCACAGAGCGACACCAGACCCGGCACACCCCGUUGCAGGCAUACAUGGACGAGGAGAGCAUCGCCGAGCACCCCAAAGUACCAGUUCACACCACGGUAGCCACCACAGAGAGAGCCGACCAGCGACACCCCAUCAGCCCAGACCCCAUGAAUGAGCAGAUGACUGAGGAAGAAGAAGAGGAGGAGGAGAAGGGACAGAGAGAUACCCAGCCAGAAGAAGAAGAUAAGUUCAAAUCAACCAAGAUCCAGAUGGCAUUGCGCGCUGGUAGACGCGUUGGCGGUGCUGGGACGGGGGGAGUAUGGAUGGUGCGACGCGAAGAGCUACCCACCAAUAUUGUCACGGAUCAAGAAGAAGAGAAGUUCAAAUUAACCAAGAUUCAGAUGGCAUGUUUGGAUUUUUGCAUUGAGCUGCUGAACCAGUGGGUUCAGAUAGAGGAUUAUGAGUGCGCGCUGAUAGACACGUUGGCGGUGCUGGGACGGGGGGAGUAUGGAUGGCGCGACGCGGAGAGCUACCCACCAAUAUUGUCACGGAUCAUCAAGGUGGCACGGUUCAUGGUGGUGCACAAGGCGCUGCGACUGGACGCCAAUGCAUCCGACAUGCUGGCCAGGAACCAAGCAAGCCAGAUGGUGGGAGAGUGGGCCGUGGUGAGCCCCAUGGAGGAGGCGGAUUACACGUUCACAGCAAUCAGAAUGAAGGGUAAUCAGUGA